AUGGACGCUGCGAUCCGUGCAUACGUCGAAGGGACGUUUCAAGAGAUACCCCCGUCGAUACUGGAAGAUGUAUCGUCUGGAAAAUUCUCAUUACUCUUACUUGUGCGAACACUGGGCGCAUCGCUCACUUCCGAGGACGAUGCGGAGCGCACGCUGGCCGUUUCGCUGCUCAGCGGCGUCGUGGUCUAUCUGCUGCGCCAGAAUACACAGCACUUGCAUCCGCAGAUGUCAAAGCAGGUGAUAAAUACACUGACGUCCUUUUUCUGCGACAAAUUUGCCGAUGCCACUGCCCUCGCCGAUGAAAUGAGCCGCAAGGCACACAAAGAUCCCUUGGUUCCUGCGUCGGCACCUCGUGCUGUGAUGCGCGAGGCGGAGAUGCGUGCGAUGCAGCAUAGCAAGAUGCUUUUCGAAUGUUUGGAAGCACUGCUUGCGCUGAGCGCCGCUGGAUUCGAGGGCGACCGCGCCGUCGGCCGCCAUCACUUUGGCGGCGAAGAAGCGCGGCUGGUUAGUGGGGCGCUUUUUGCCGCGAUUCAGAUGCGCAACUAUCCACAGUCGCUGCGUUUUGUUGUGUGCAAACUGCUGGACUCGCUCGUGGGCCGUAAUAGGGCAGGCCUGCUUGCAAUGCGCGCGCCGUCCGACUCGGGCGAAACCAUGGUGGACGGCAAGGCGUUUAUCAUGGGAUACACUAGCCUUGUGGCUGGCGAAAAAGACCCACGCAACCUGUUGGUGCUGUUUGGGAUCGAAAAAGUGCUGCUACUGGAGUGGACGAUGGACUAUGGAGAGAUUGAAGCGCUCUACAACGUUAUAUUUUGCUACUUUCCCAUCACGUUCCGACCGCCGCCCGACGAUCCGUACCGUAUCUCCCCAGACGACUUGAAACUUGCACUGCGCGCGUGCAUCAGUGCUACUCCCCAGUUUGCGCCGCUGGCCAUCCCGAUCCUGCUCGAGAAGUUGAGUGCAAGCGGCGGCUCGGCAAAGGUGGACACGCUGCAAACAUUGGACGCGGCACUGCCCGUGUAUGGCCGCGCGGCAGCCGAGGUCAACGGAGAUGAGCUGUGGGGCUUUAUCAAGCUGGACAUUUUGCAGGCCACCGAUGACGAAUCGGCAGCGUGUGCACAGCAGACGCUGACGAUGCUGCUCCGCGUCCUGUACGCAGAUAUGGACCAACCUACGGGCCUCGCAAUGCACAUCCUUGACGACUGCUUGGGCGAGUUCCGCACGCCAGCCAAAGCACUUGCAAAGACGUGCAUGAAGGUUGUGCAGAGUAUGCUGGAAGCCACAAGGACCACCUCCAAUGCGGCCAUCUCUGCAAUUCUCACUCUGCUACUCGAGAUGCUACAGAAAACGACGGAUGCUGGCGAGGAGCACUGCGCCUUGGAGCUUGUAGCGAUGCUCCUGGAUAUACUACAGCGUGUAUACGCAGCUACGCCGCUUGACGGUGCACCUACGCGCACCUACGAGAGCGACAAACGCCCGCUCCAGCCAUUCCACGCACAGCUCUUUUCUGUGCUCACAAAAGGCGUGGAGAGGAGGAAAGCGGUCCCUGCACUGCACGGCCUUGUGAUGCUUGCUCAGAUCCCGGGCUUUUUUGCUCCUGAUGAGCUAGGAUUUACCACGCGUGCGAUCCAAACAGUGUACCUCUCGCCGAACGUGGACGACGCGCUGCGCGAACAGGCGCUAAACGGACUCGAGCGUAUCCUUCUGCUGCACAAGCGCGACAUGGAAGAGAAUACGCUUUCUUUUCUUGUAGAGCAGCUUCCCUAUACCCUGGAGCCGCACGCACCAAAAGACAUGCUCGACAAAAUCCGUCUGGUGCUUGGUGCACUUUCGCGCCUCUGCACAAGUCCCGAUCUGUUUGACUGGGCGCUUGUUCGUAUCUUUGGCAUCCUGACGCACGCUUGCGCUGUCCGCGCCACUGUUUCACGCGCAGUCCAAGUGGGCUAUGCGCGUGCGCUGCUCGCCACCGUCCAAGUAUGCCUCGAGCGCAAAGCCGAGGCGCGCCACGCCGAUUUGCCCAAGUACGCUGCCAGCAUUUCCGAGCGUCUUUUUGCCCUCGCACUGCUACCGUACAAGACAGGAGACGACGCCGCGGCAUACGUAGCCAGCGACACUGUCUUUUUGGAACAGGUGAGCGACAUGCUCGUCUUCUUGCUGCCGUUCCUGAGCGUAGACAAGCAGCAAGCGCUCCUCGUCGCCCUCGACAAGCUCUUUUCCCUGCCCGGCGCAAAAGAAAGUUGCGCGAAUGUGCGCACUUGCAAUCCCAACUCGCCUGUGCACGAGCGAAAUCUGCUUGGCAUUCCUGCGGCGGUGCUUGCCGCGCUGAAAAAAGAAGUUGUCUUGCCGGGCGCGCCGCCGCUUGCGUGGCUUUCUGCAGUACAGGCAUGGCUGCUGGAGCGGCCCUUGAGUGAUGCCGUGACGAGCGAAGCGUUCCAGGCAAAGGCCGCGUACCUGAUUGUGUGCGCCGUAGUGAACAAGUUUGUCGAUCCUGCAAAUGGUCUCGACGCUUUGCUUGAAGCAUUUUGGCGUAUGAUGCUAGACGAAGCUCGGCCAAAGCGUCGCAGAGUACAAGGAGUCCAUGCUUGGGUCUGGACGGCGCGCGCAUUGCUUAUGCGCGGUAGCGAGCUCGGGACGCAAAUGCUCGUGCGCAUGCACGAGCAUCUCUUUACCGAUCCCGUGCUUGGACGGGACGCGGCGAAUGCAUUGCAAGUGUUGAGUAUGUACGAUACGCUCCUCGUCCGCCCGAAUGGGUUCCAAGUGCGGCUCCUGUACAAGCAGCGCUUGCUCGGCACGCUUGUGCCUACCUUAGUCAACGACUACAAGCACAGCACGGCGUCCAAGACGACGGACUUGAUUGCCAUUGCAACCUUGCUUCCCGCUUUGCCCGACACGACGCUGCAGGAACAAGUGCGCACAUUGCUUCCUAUGCUUGUGCACACACUUGGCAUUGACGAUGCGAAUGCGCGCACCUCUGCAGCAAAUGCGUUGCUGCUUUCUGUGCGCGAUAUCCCAGAGCUGGACGAGCAGGGCGAGGGCGCAGAGGAUGCAUUGCGCACCGACCUUGUCGAUCAGCUCGAUACGUUGGUGCAUGCCUUGUUGGCAAACGUGAUGCCAGGAGCGUACACGCCGCCGCAUACGAGGAUCGCCGCGCUGCAUGUACUGGCGUCGUUUGUUCCUCGGAUCCCGAACAAUACACUCGUGCCUUACCGCCGUACUGUCGUACAAACGUUGGGUCGUCCGCACCAAGGAAUCGACGACACGAACCGCCAAGUACGACUGCAUGCGGUCGACUGCCGCGAUCUGUGGUUCCAACUCCAAGUACUCGAGUAG